GGCCUCUUCCUUCCAUUUAUAGCGACUGACAACUGAAUUUCUGGUACUACUGUGAACGUAUUGAUGAAUCAUUGUUAAAGUCAACGCGUUCGAGGAACCCUCCUUCUGGCCCCCUCUGAGCCACCUCCUGGCACUUGGGCGGGGCACCCACCCUUGGAAACAGUAGCUAGCGCGGAACCAUGGGCUGGAACGAGCUCUCGUUCAGGAAGAGGUGGGUGUUCAUCGGGUCCUUCUUCACCGUCAGCAUGGGCCUCUUGGGCUACCACCGAGGGCUCGUGUCGGCCGAGGGAGCGCUGCUGGUCAUCUGUGUGUGCUACUUCAGCAUUCGCAUCAUGGGCAGCUGAGGCGGCGAGCACGUGGCCGGUGGCGGCGGCAGCGGCCGCGGCAGCAGCGUGGUGGUGGGCUGGUGGGCUUGGUGGCGGCGUCACUAGCCGAUAUCGCAGGCGGCUGAGGAGGCUGCCCCACAGUCCAGGCUGUCCCACAGUCCAGGCUGCCGUGUGGUGUCGGCGUGGACUGGUAGGCUGCGACGGCGGCUGGCGGACAAGUCAGCGUGUUUACCGUUCGGGCAACCACUGGCAUGGGUGCGGGAGGGGGUGAGGCGGUCGAGGUGAACUGGUGAAGUUGACUGUGGUCGUGACUCAAAGCGGACCACUGGGGGGGUCAGCCGUUCAUGGAAAACGGAGUGACCUGCGGGGGGGGGGCAGCAGAGCGCGCGGGUGCCGUUGCCACACACAGCUGCCGCUGUCACCCAUGCAAGGGCAAUGCCGGAUGCGGAGCUGGAGCAGUAAGGGUAAGCCAGGGAGAGUCCAGUGGCGCACCCCUGGCAAGAAUCGGACGAGAAGGAUAAGCGGAGAAGGGGGCAGAGGACCCGGCGCAACUGCUGUGAGCAAGGGUGGGGGACUCUACAGGCUCUUGACGGCACAAUCCUGUGCAUGGAAGCUGCGCGUGUGUUGAGCCGGUCUGCCGGUGCCGUUGAUGCCCAGACUCCGAAUGGAUGUGUAUCAGUACACAUGCGAGCAUGCGAGUAUGUAAGUUGAACGUUCGGGCUCAGAUACCGAAAGGGUGCGAUGGGACAGGGUAAGGGGCUGGGUGCGCGUACACCUGAUAAUGUGCAGCGUGUUGUGCAACAUAUUCCAGACCCCAGCAUUCAACCGCCAAGUUGCGACGGCAAGGCAUGAGCUCGCGGCUGGUCGAACGCCCAAGUGACUGUACCGAAGAGUUGCUGGCAGGCUAGUAGUGUCAGAAGGGUGUGCGUGAUGGGGGUGCCCUGAGUAUGAUCUUGUGACGCUGUUGCCAGGGCGGCAGGGCCUCACGAAUACGAGCGCAUCUGCAGCACAGGCUCACAGACUGGGCCCGCUGAUGCCAGAUGGUGGUGGUGGUGGUGGUGGUGGUGGCAGGCUGGCAGCACGUGCAGGCACGGUGGCUGGCACGUGCACCAGGUGCGCACAACAGCAUCCCCUGCAACCAUGCGAUAGCUG